AUGAGUAACGUCGACGACAUUUGCAAUUCUAUUCUGAAAAUUUUUGCAGAAAGCCAAGUGAGUUUCUAAAAAAAAAUAAUUUUCAAAUAUGAUUUCAUAUUUCAGGGUGAUCUUGCACAAAAUGCUGAAAACGUGGCGGUGAGCAGAGAUUUUUGAGAUUUGAAAAUUUUUAAAAACAACAAAAAAAUUUCAGGAGAUUCGCAAAAAAAUCAACGAUCAAUUGUGGCGUCAACGCAAAGAAGAUGGAAUUUUUGUUUUGGUCAUUUUUUGCGGUUACGAGAUUCUUAAAUCAGUUUCGGGUGCUCUAAUCGCCUUGUUUGUCGCUAUCGUUUUCUUGAUUGGCCGCGAAGUUUAA